AUUUGGGCAGGUUCAUCGAACCGCAUUCUCAUCUUUCCCAUUCAACUAGUCUCACUCUUUUGCUCUUCAUCUUCCGACGAUGGCGGCGCCGGCGCCGGAAGGGUUUAGGCCUCUCGACGAGAAGUCCCUGGUCGAGUAUAUAAAGGCCACACCGGCGCUGUCCUCGCGGCUCGGGAACCAGCUUGAUUCCCUCAGCGUCAAGGAGGUCGGCGAUGGCAAUCUCAACUUUGUUUACAUCGUCAUCGGCCCUGCUGGAUCCCUUGUCAUCAAGCAGGCUUUGCCGUAUGUUCGUUGUGUUGGGGACUCAUGGCCAUUGUCGAAGGAGCGAGCAUAUUUUGAAUCAUCGGCUUUGAAAGAUCAUGGUCGGUUGUGUCCAGACCAUGUCCCAGAAGUAUAUCAUUUUGACCGCCCUAUGUCAUUGAUUGGCAUGCGGUACAUAGAGCCUCCACACAUUAUUCUACGGAAAGGAUUGAUUGCUGGAAUUGAAUAUCCACUACUUGCAGAACAUAUGGCUGAUUAUAUGGCAAAAACACUUUACUUCACAUCUCUUCUUUAUUGUUCAACUUUAGAUCAUAGAGCUGCAGUGGCAGAAUAUUGUGGGAACGUGGACCUAUGUAGGCUUACAGAGCAGGUCAUCUUCUCAGAUCCAUAUAAAAUUGCUAAGUAUAAUCGUUGGACGUCUCCAUACCUUGAUCAAGAUGCUGAAGCAAUUCGAGAGGAUGAUAUACUAAAAGUUGAAGUGGCUGAGUUGAAGUCCAUGUUCUGUGAAAGAGCACAAGCUCUAAUCCAUGGAGAUCUUCACACUGGGUCUAUAAUGGUGACAAGUGAUUCUACUCAAGUUAUAGAUCCAGAAUUUGCAUUUUACGGACCUAUGGGUUAUGACAUAGGAGCAUUUUUAGGAAAUUUGAUUUUGGCCUUCUUUGCACAAGAUGGACAUAGUGGUGAAGGAAAUGACCAUGGACCAUACAAAAAGUGGAUCUUGAAGACAAUUGAAGAGACAUGGAACCUUUUCCAUCAGAAGUUCAUUUUCCUUUGGAAUGAACACAAGGAUGGGGCUGGUGAGGCAUAUCCUUCAGAUAUAUACAAUAAACCAGGGGUACAGCUCCUUGCACAGAAGAAGUACAUGAGCAACUUGUUUCAUGAUACUCUUGGUUUUGGUGCUGCGAAAAUGAUCAGGAGGAUUGUGGGUAUUGCCCACGUAGAAGAUUUCGAGUCGAUCCAAGAUGCUCAAAAGCGAGCUUAUUGUGAACGUCGGGCUCUUGAAUGCGCGAAGAAGCUUCUGAAGGAGAGAUGCCAAUUUGAAUCUAUUGAUCAAGUUAUUUCGGUAAUUCAGGAGAUAUCAGUUUGAUGCUUAAAAUGUAACCUUUGCCCUUACCAUUCAAUGACUAUAUAUAUUGCAUAAUGUGGAACAAUCAUAAAUAACAUGCAAUGACAGCUAUAGUCUGUGUCCCUUGCUUGAAA